AUGCUUGUGGCAUCCGUCCUUGCCUUUGGCCUGCUCUUUGGUUCUGUACUAGGCCAGGGAUGCAACAUCAAGAGGGGGAUUUUAAACACCAAUUACCUUAUUGGGAAGCUCAAGGAUGACCCACCCUCAACAUGUAGCUGCAGCAGCAACGCGACCAGCUGCUUGUGUCCUCCCAUCCCAUCUGAUGAUUGUGCCACACCGUGCUUCCAGGAAGGCCUGGCACAAGUGACCAACGUCACACAGAAAACACAGUUCUCAGUUUUUUUCUUCCAAGUGAAAAGGACAGUCGACGUUCUAAAGAGCAACAAGUGCCCGGGGUUUUCCUGCGAAAAGCCAUGCAACCAGACAACAGCAGGCAACACUCUGUCAUUCCUGAAGAGUCUCCUGAAAACAUUCCAGAAGACGGAGAUGCAGAAAAGUCGAACAUGAAGAUGGAUAUUAUUUAUUCUAUUUAUUGCAUUUAUAAAACCUUUUCCUCUUUAAUUGUUCCGAUGAAGAAAUAAACCCAGCUACUC